AUGGCAUCUCAACGACUGACGCAAGCCAGCGAUUUCCCCUACUCUACCCUUGACGAAGCCCGUAAUGAGAUUCGAGUACUCAACUUGCAGACGAUCGAGCGGCCGCCGCUCGUAAACCUUCGCGAUGAGCCACCAGAAUGGCAUGGCCUCGUCCACUGUACCAUAGAACAUGUUUCACUCGAUGCACACCUCUCAGGUUACCAGCAAUGGGUAUCCAAGGCGCAGCCAUUGUCUCGGCGCAAUAGCGAUGGGCGUUGGCGACUAUUCUCCAACGAACGAUACCGCUCUCUUAGUCCAACAAGAGUAAGCUCGCCCUUUGAACGGCCGCGCACCCAUCAUCGAUAUCAUCGCUUUGAGUGGGGAGAUUACGGCGCACUGAGCUAUACUUGGGGAGACCAGACCAUCAGAGUACCGAUUGUUAUGAACGGCCAAAUUGUUCUUAUCGGCCAAAGCUUGGAGGCAGCGCUUCGGGCAUUGUCUUCAGACCCGGACUACAUUGAAGGCUUGAAAAUUUGGGCAGAUGCGAUUUGCAUUAACCAAAAAGACUUGGAUGAGCGUAGUCUUCAGGUCAAACGGAUGCGCAUGAUUUAUGGCAAAGCGCUCAUCGUUUCUAUUUGGCUUGGGGCAGUUCCAGACGCGGCCGUACCGGAUAUGGCUCAACUCCAUGAGAUUAUUGUCAAGUCAACAGACAAUGAUGCAGCAUUCGAUCUACUGGAAAUAGCUUUAACCGACCCGGAGAAGAGGGAAACCAUCAGGCGUGCCAUCGAUGUGAUCGUCAAGAAAACAUAUUGGACUCGAAUUUGGGUGAUCCAGGAGAAGUGUCUCGGACCAGUGAAUCCUUCCAUCUUAUUUGGGACGUUCCGAAUGGGUCUAAUGCCGCUUCACAACUUUCUACAGGCAGCAACCAAUAUUCAAGGCGCCGUGCGAGCUCGUGAAAAGGUAUGGCGCGUGUUGAAAUUAGUCGAACUAAUGACUAUCAACCAAGAGCGUAUUCGCCGCAGACACCCGCCGACAGACAAAGAGCGCAGGAGAGAUCAAGACGAACUUGGCCUUCUUUUAAUGAUUGGCAGAAUGGCCCGUUCCCUUGACUUGAGAGACCGUCUGUAUGGAUUGAUGGGUAUGAUCCCUGAGUAUGUUGCAAAACAUAUCGAACCCGACUACAAGAAAGCGGUUGAAGAAGUGUUCUACGACUUUGCUAAGGCUCUUAUAACGGGGUUCGGAUCUUUUGACAUCGUUCUUACUGGGACAACAGAAUCGACUCUUACGCUCCCAUCUUGGGUGCCAGACUUGACUUCGCCGUGGGAUCCUUAUCUAUGGGGCUCAGACUGUGAUGCCAGCUGGGGUCAAGACGCCUGGUUCGGGUUUGAACAGGAUAAAAACAUUCUGGUCACCAGCGGUUAUUUUGUUGACAUUGUGGAUGGAAUAGCACCCUUCUUAGGCUGGGAACACGGAGAGCUCCGGAUAUGGCAAGACGCCAUUCACCCGACUUCCAAGGCAAUACCGGAUAACCCAAAAGCGGCGAUUUUGCGGACUUUGCAUCGAGCAGCAGUUUACGACUGCUCUACAGGAUAUACUAUUCUUGACAUCCCCUGGCUCGAAGAUUUGAAACCUGACAAUCCGGAUGUCAUGGCAUUGGAAAAGCGCGGCUGGGGGAAAGUCCUCAAACACGCCAACCUCCAAGAUCUCAUUCAGUUUCGAAAUCAGAUCAACGCACAAUUCAAGCCUUGGGGCCAAGAGCUCAAGUCAUUCUUCCCCAGGCCCGAAGAUGUGGGGGAGUGCCAAGAUCCGAAACGAUAUUUGGAUUCACUCGACAAGCAUGUUGGCAUCGUGUAUCCCAUCUUCACUACGGCGGGCGGGCUUUUUGGAACAGCAAUACUUCAAGUAUUGAAGAAAGGGGAUUCGAUCUUCGUGGUACCUGGCUGCUCAGCGCCACUCAUUAUGCGACAGAAAGGGAACCAGUGGCAAGUCAUCACUCAAUGCUUUGUUGAUGGCCUUAUGCGUGGUGAAACGGGAAGACGGGUGGAGCAAGGUACUUGCAAGCUUAACAAACUUCUGAUUGUUUAG